AUGCUCCUGCCUGGUGACGCAGGAUACGAGUCGCGGAUCGAAUCGUGCUGGUCGGCAAGCUCUCAGCUGCGAUCGUUUUGCAUUGUUCAACCCCGAACCAAACACGAUCUUGCUGUGACGGUCCGAACACUGGCUGCCUGCGGCCGCGGCGAGUUCGCAGUCAGAAGCGGCGGCCACAGCCACUGGGCGGGCGGGAGCAACAUCAACAACGGCGUCACCAUUGAUCUCAUUCACUUCAAGACGAUUUCCUACGAUCCAGCUCUCAAGAUGGCAUCUCUCGGGCCAGCGCAGCGUUGGGGGGAUGUCUACAAGGCCCUCGAACCGGAGGGUGUCAUGGUUGCAGGUGGCCGGGAUGGCGAUGUCGGUGUCGGCGGCCUCCUAACGGGUGGCGGCAACUCAUACUACGCGGGUCGAAAGGGCUUCGCUUGCGACAAUGUCGUUAACGCCGAAGUUGUUCUUGCCGAUGGCACCAUUGUCGAGGCCAAUGCAAAUGUUAACAAGGACCUAUGGAAGGCUUUGAAAGGCGGCUUGAGCAACUUUGGCAUAGUCACGAGGUUUGACGUUCACGCAUUUGCCGCCCCCCAGCUCUGGGGUGGUCUUAGAGCCUCUUCUGCAUCCCACGCAGACGCCUUGAUCGAUGCUCUGGUCAACUUUACCGACGACAACCUCAAACACCCAGAGGCAGCUUUCAUAAUCAAUUUCACGUACCAGCCAGGUCUAUCCCCGGGCAUAAUCGUGGCUCAUGUCAUAAUAGACGCCGAUGGGGUGCAGAAUGCUCCAGUGUUCGACGAGGUUCAGCGUAUCCCGGCAUUCUUCAGCGACAUCAAGACACGUCCUAUGAGCGGCGUCGCUAACGAUUACAUUCUCCCUUCCGGAUUGAGAAAUGUCUGGUUCACCCUCACCUUCAAGAAUGACAAGCGUGUCGUGAAGGUCGCGGCCGAGCUGCACAAUGCCCUAGUCAAAGAUUUGCUCGAGAGUAUUCCAGCAGGCGAUCUUGUCACUCAAAGCCUGUUUCAACCAAUUCCCAAACUGUUCGCUGACAUUGGCGUCGCGAAUGGCGGCAACGUUCUCGGGCUCGACAAGGCGGAGGGUAAUUCGCUACUUUGGCUUUGCGCCGCAUCCUGUCGCACGCCUGAGGAGGAGGCAAUAGUGUACAGAAAGUGUCGCGCUAUGACGGCGGACCUCAAGCAGUACGCUGAGUCGAUCUCGGCGAUCGUUCCUUGGAUCUACGUCAAUUACGCAGAUCCGAGUCAGGACGCCCUCAGCAGCUAUGGAGUGGAGAACGUCGAGUAUAUGUGGCAGGUCGCCCAAAGGUAUGACCCCGAUGGAGUGUUUCAGAACCUGGUUACGGGAUCAUUCAGAUUGCCUAAACACUGA